AUGGGCAAACCAAAAGUAUUAUUCAUUGGAGAAUUAAAUCAAUCCCUUCGUCAAUUUAAACAUUUUCAAACUAAAUAUGAAUGUAUAUUCACUGAAUUAACAACUAAAGAACAACUUGUUAAAGAUUUACAAACUAAAUAUAAUGACAUUGUCGCUAUUUAUGGAGCUUGGUUAUGGUUAUGGUUUCUUGAAAUUGGAGGAUUCAGAUCAAUAAUUGAACAUGCACCUAAAUCAUUAAAAAUAAUUGCAUUUUGUUCAGUUGGAUAUGAUCAUGAAGAUGCUGAAAUAAUGAAACAACAUGAUAUUAUAAUGACUAAUGUUCCUAGUGAUGGAGCUGCUGAACCUGUGGCUGAUUUGGCAUUAUAUUUAGCAAUUUCAAGUUUCAGACAAUUUCAAAUGUAUAAUAAAACAGUUCAAAAUAUUCCUAAUACACUUGAUAUUAGAUAUCAAUUAUCCAAAAAUGAAUUUGAUCAUGAUGAAGGUAAAGUUGUUAGAUCUGAAGGUAAUGGAUAUGAAUUUGGACAUUAUUUAAAUAAAAGACCUAAUUUAUCUCCUAGAGGUCAUAAUGUUGCAAUUAUAGGAUUUGGUAAAAUUGGUCAAACUAUAGGUAAGAAACUUCAUGAUAUUGGUAUGAAAAUAAACUAUGUUAAAAGAAGUAAGUUAUUACCUCAUCAAGAAUUAUCAUUAGGUUAUCCUGUAACUUACCAUGAAAAGGUAACUGAUGUGAAGAAUUUAGAUUUGAUUGUUAUUGCAUGUCCAGCAACUCCAGAAACCCAUCAUUUGAUAAAUUCCAAUGUGAUAAACUCGAUAUCCAAUCCAUUUAGAAUAAUCAAUAUUGGGAGAGGUACAGUGAUUGAUGAAGAGGCAUUAAUUAAAGGGUUGAAAUCUGGGAAAGUAUUGUUUGCAGGAUUGGAUGUUUAUGAAAAUGAACCAAGCAUAAAUCCGGAAUUGAUAAACAGGGAAGAUGUUAUAUUGACACCUCAUAUUGGUGCUUCAACUGUUGAAAAUUUCGAUUAUACUGCUAUUAAAGCAUUAGAAAAUAUUACUAAAGUUUUGGAAGGUGGUGAUUGUGUAGAUAGAGUUAAUUAA